AGUUAGAGCUACGUCGAACCGAGUGGGCGCACCUGGAACACGUAUAAAAAUCAGUAUUUCCGCUGAGAAUUCUAGUUCUCUCGUUAGUCAAAGUUAUUGGAAGUUUCCUCCCCCACUAGUAAAGCGUGAACUCGGCUAUAAAAUAGUCAGCGGCUGUUGGAAGGGGAGGCGUCAGUAAAGUUGGUCCAUCCGAACUGCUGCCUAGAAGCUGCAGCAACGUGAACAUGAAACGUUACUUUAUAUACCGAAGUUGCCCCAAUGAGAUUGGGAUGAUGCCUGAAAAACAGAAGAAGAGUAAAAAGAAAGUACAAAUGCUGAUGACAGCAUCCAGCUUGGAAAAUGAUUCCAUGCUGCCUGAGAUUGAGCAAAGAAAUAAAAUACAGCCAUUGAUGAGGUCACAAGCCUUUGAUUUAUCUGAUGUGAAAAAUGAUGAGCCAAGCAUUGGAAGAAAACUAUCCUCCUCUACCUCUGUUAUCAAGUCCAAUGCCACAUUCCACAAGCAGUUCAAAGAUCUUCCUGAAACCGAGAAGGUGAUUGACAGUUUCCGAUGUGCUUUGCAUAAGGAGGUCCCGUACCAUGGCAAGAUGUUUAUCACGGAAAAUUAUGUCUGUUUCUACAGCAGCAUUUUGAAGGAAACCAAGCUUGUUGUUCCGGUCACUGAAGUGGUUGUGUUAAAGAAGCAGAACAUAGCCCUCCUUGUCCCCAAUGCCCUGUGUAUCAAGACAUCAGAAGGAGAAAAGCAUUUGUUUGCAUCACUAAGAUCAAGAGACUUGACUUUUAAAAUCCUGAAGACUGUUUGUUCUCAUCUGCAGAAUGGAAGUCCCUUAAAUACGCCUCAGAAUUCUCCUGAAAACAGCUUUGAGGCAGAGUGUAAAUUAUUAUUGGAACCGGGCCAAUCCAACAUUGAAGAGAAAAGCCAAGAUCUAGACACUGUUGACAGCACUCAAGAUUCUCUACAAUCAAUAUCAAGGACAGCUUCUGUUGAUGUAACUACAAUUGAGACUCCUUAUAAUGAGAACAAAGGACAGAAGGAUCGACCUAUUGAAGAAAUCUUGCAUGGCAAUGGCAACUCCUGGUUUGGGAAAGUGACAAAGAAAGUGAAAUCAUUUACUACAUUUCAUGAAUCGACCACCUUCAACACGCUCAUUAUCAUCUAUGUCCUCCUAGUCCUAGUAUUGCUGGUUUCUUCAGGGUACAUUGGCUUAAGAAUCGUGGCCCUGGAAGAGCAGCUGAAGUCAAUGGGAGCCUGGCCAGAAUUUGAUGCACAGAGCCGAUACAAAAGACCAUGAAAUUGGGCCAAGCCUCCUAGAGACAAAGAUGUGUAUCCUUGUCCUUCAAACAAGCUGUCCAGUGGGCAUUGUGAUUGGCUUUGACUGUUGCAAGAAAUACCUCUACUUCUGGAACACUUGAUUCUACCAACCACUAAAUAUUUAAGAGGUGCUCUACUUGUAACAUCAAGUCAUUUGGAAGAAAUUGCCCUUUAUUUUGAGGCACAUUACAUUGUUGCCUCAAAGAAAAUGUGAAUUUCAGAUCUUCUUAAAGGACUAGAGCAUCAAAAACACAAUGACUGACUACAAGAUCAAUUUCUGUGAAUCAACAAACAAUGUCAUGGAGAACCGUGAACCUCAAUUACUAAGGAGGAAGAUCUCAAAUCUCGCAAGAUGGGGGGGGGGGGAGAAUGUUUACAUGGAGGAUGGAGUAAGAACUAUUCAAAAUAAUGUUGUUAAGGGCAAAUGUAUGACUUCCACGAAUUGGACCCUAGGCAUAGAAGAUGGCAAUGUGGCAGUGGAUUUGAAUUUAAAUUAAGUUGAUUAUAAAGAUGAAAAUAAAUAACUGCAGAAUAGUCUUGGUUAAUUAUUUGGAGCUGCUGCACCAAUGGGAAUUGCAAUAGUUUUAAUCUGUUCUGCAAUAAUUGAGUCUUUACUAUCUAUUGAAGGCUCAACGUGAAGCUAAAAUGAAGGAGAUUUUUUAAAAGCUGUGAUAAAUGGAAUCAAAUACAUGCAACUUAAAUGCAAAUAAGAAACUUGCUUAUCCUCAGCAUUCACUGUACAUCAAAUUUGUAUGCAGCACUGAAGCAUUAAGAGAUCAUGUUAUACAAACAAAAACACUAUAAAAAUAGUGAAAAAUGUAAAAACGUUUGUUUAAAAAGUCCCCAGACCUUCGCUGCCAUUUAAUAAAGUUUAUGGGUGGUAUUUAAAAUGAACUGAAUUUCUGUUCAUACUUUGUAAUGAUAACCUUAAUCUUAAAUCUGUCAACCCUGAAUAUAACUUUAAUAUGUUCAUCCACAGUUUCCUGGGCUAAAGAAUUCUACAGAUGCAGCAAUGGGUGACAAUUUCUUGCUCAUAUUGAAUGAUAUUAAGCCAUACAGUAUAUAUUGUAUUAAACUACUAUUUACAUAAUAUUUGUACAGCGCCAGGAUACAGGCUCUACUCCUGUUCGCUGACAACUUUAACAAUUUAUAGGCUUGUUGGGCUUAAAUUUUCAGUGAUAGUAAAUUAAAAUGGAAUGCUUGGGCAGCUGUUUAUGAAGUUUAAAGAGUGGUAGGAAUGAAGUCAAUAUUUCAUACAUAGUAGUUGUGUAAUAUGGCAUUUGGUCUUUUUAAAUCCUCUCAUAGACAAAUGAUGGAGGUAAAAUAUAUGAGAUAUUUUCUGCAUGGGGGAAAAUACAUGACAUGACCUACCUUAUGGUCUAGAUAUCAUUUUUACAUAUGGAAGUUAUAUAGUCAUGGGGCAUUUUCCAAAAAAAUACACGAGUCAUGAUACUACCUCACUAAGUUUGCAGAAGGUCCAUUGUACCUGAGUAACUUAUUCCUAAAGUUUUGCUAAACUUCAGCAUGAUGAAUAAACCGUGAUUUUAAGCAAAGGAAAGAUUAAUGAGGUCAAGUCCAAAGAAUAUAAUACAAUUAAGUUUGCUGUACAGGAGUAACGAGCACAGUAUCCCACAUAGGGCACCAAGAUGGUUCUGAAAGACAUUAAAUUUUAUUUGGGUAAGGGUAUGUUUAUUUCUCCAACCGAGUUGUCACCUUAACUCUUUCCUUCAAACAAUAAACUCAUUUUAUCCAGCCAGUCCACACCUACUAACAAACCAGAUUAACAAGAAACAGAUUAAAAAUGGAACACCUGUACCAAAUUCAAUACUUUUGAUCAAGUGUCAUCCAAACCUAAUAUUCCACUAAUUAAAAUAUAAUAAAACUGUAUGUGGGAGAUCAUGGGAUAUUUGUCUCUGCACUGUACAGAGUGUUGGGCCAGACAUUUUAUUUUGCUUCGGGGGUGAAGAAAAGUCCUCUUUCCCCCCCCACUGGUUGCCAAGGAAAGCUCACUUCUGAAUCUGUAUGAAUAUUAAUGGUUAUAUUUAUAUUUUUAUGUGGAUUUCACAGUAUUUCCAUAUGUUAAUGCAACCUUUAAUGAUGGGGCUUCGUUUGAUUCUAUUAUAAGUUUAUAAGGGAAAUGUAACAAUUUUGUUGAACUUGCACUAAUUUAUGUUUCAUUUCUAUGAAAUGAUAUUUUGUACUCCAAACAAUCGGCAAUAAAAUAACAAUGCACUGUU